AUGUAUAUUGAUGUGUAUAUGCUUUGUACCCAGGUGGUUCUGAACCAUGAUGCCUUGGCAGAGAUUGAGAAACAUGGCACAGGAGCUGGAAUUUAUCAGGAAGAGGCUGUGUGGGAGAAACACAUCCAGGACCUGCACUCGUUGAAUGCCCAGUUAGAUUCAGAAGUGGCUAGGGAAAUUCUUUCCAGUCUGGAGCUGGCUGACAGCAUGUAUGGACGCUCUUUUAAGAAUGUGAGGAAGGAUAUUGAAAAGGCUCUUUUCCAGGCAGAAGAGAACCUGCAGUAUCUCAGCACUUUGCUCCGCUGGUGUGAACCUCUAAAACUUGCUGACAGUGUGUCUGAGAUUCUCAAGUAUUUUCCUCCACUGCUGCACACUUUGUUCCUGAUUUGGAUGCACUCCAGCUACUACCACCAGCCAAAAGUUUUCAUCCAUCUUGUGAAACUAUUGUCCACAGAAGUCAUAAGCAUUGCUGCUGGGAUUGUUGGGGGAGAUCUGCUUAGGGAGCCUUCACAGUCAUACAAGCAAUUGAAAAGUGCUCUGAAAGUGUGUGCGACGUUCAGAGGAACCUACCUUGAUGUUAAGGCCAAGGCAGACGAGAUGAACACCAAGAAAGUAGAAGAGCACAUUCAUCACAUGUCUUCAAUUCCCACAGAUGCGUUGUGGAGCGCUAAACUCUAUGGUCCUCUAUCAGCAAAGUACAGCCUUCGGGGAUGGCAGUUUCCAGGUCAAGAGAAAGAUGGCAAAAAUGACAAAUGGGUGAAUAGCCCAUGGCCUUCUCACGGUGCAGAUUGCUUCAACAGAAUUAACUUUUUCAUGGAAAGGUGCAAUGAUGUUCUGGAGCUAGUGGAAACCAUUAAGCAUUUCCAGUUACUGGAGACAGUAGCAAGAAUUGGUGGGACUGGAAGUGACAGUCAGGAUGCAAUGGUGCAAGAGAUCCAUGAAACCUAUUGUAGGGCUAUGGAUGUGUUUACCAGAAAGAACGGGGACAUCCUAUUCACUGAGAGCAACCAGUCCUUUGAAAAAGCCUUCUUUGACUUCAGAAUAACUAUUAAGGAGUUGGAAUUCCAGAUAGCAGAGGUCCUCCAGAGUGAUUUUCAACAAACACCUACUAUUGGAGCACAGCUGAGAUUACUGCAGGUUUUUGAAGGAAUUAGUGGCAGGGAUCUUGUCCAGAAACAUUUAAAAGUCAAAGAACAGCAGCUUUUAUCAAUGCUCAUUGAUGAAGUGACACAGGUGAAGUCCUCCUACCAGGAAAUGUGUCGGAAUGCUUGUGGGCGCUCUCUUGCGCCACCCACUGUCAAUAAGCUGCGCUGCUUGAAGGGCUUGCAGGACAGGAUCUCGGAGCCAAUGCAGAAACUGAAAGAUGUUCUGCCACAUUCUUUGAAAGGCGAUUUUGGUUGGAAACUCAGACAUUUGUACUCCGACACUAUGGAAGAGCUGCAAAGUUAUGAGAAAGAAACAAUGGACUCCUGGUUACAGACUGCUGAGAUGGACCUAAGCCAAGCAGUUAAGAAGCCUUUAUUGGUUAUUUCUGAUAAGAAAGAUGAACUAGAAGAUUCUCCAUUCUCUGUAGAACUGAAUCUGGAUCCAGAUUUUGUUCUGAUGCUACGAGAGGCCAAUUACUUCCGCCAGGCUCCAUUUCAUAUACAUUUACAUGAAUCUGUAGAAACAUUUUUGAAAAAUGAACAUGUGAAUCGGCUGUGGGAACAAGCUGCCAGGCUGGAAACUGUCCUUUGCAAGUACAAUGAAAUAACGAGAAACAUCCAUGACUAUGAAAAGGGGCUUCUGGAAAACAUGCUUUCUACGGCCCAGACGCUGCUGCAGAGUGGACUGAGCAUCUACACAUGGAAUACAGAGAGCAGUGCUGAUUUCAUCGAGCAGGCAUCGUCUCUUAUAUGUACUGACCUCUACUCCACAUUCAGCACAGUGAGGAACAACUGCUUGGAGAUCUCGACUCUUUCCAACUCCUGGUCUCAAGGGCGACUGGACAUAUUUUGCAACAGGAGCACAAGGGAACCAGCUUCGAUGGAAGAAUUACUGCAAGAGCAAGGGACCGUGGAGAGUGCCUUGGAAAGACAAAUCAUCUCAGAUGGUCAGAGGAUUCAUCAACUGAUUGGACAAUCUUUUAAAGCAGUAAGCAUCAGUGAGGCAUCACCUGCUUGGCAGGGCUUCACAGAACACAUGGACAUCCUCGUUCUGCAAGGGCUAAAGCGGGUUACACUGAGUAGCCUUGCAUCCAUGCUGAACUUGCUGUUAGAAGAACAGGUACCCAUUCUGCAGAUCCAUGUUGACUUGAUUGAUGGCAAUGUGGCGUUUUCUCCUCCUCUGGAUGAAAUUACAGCUGAGCAGAGUGUAUUAGAACAUGCACGUGCAUGGCUAAAGGCUUUUCUACUCCGAGGUGCUCUGGUGACCAUGAUCUCUUCAACUACUCAGGGAGGCUACCAUGAAUAUGUGGCAGCCGAUAAAGAGAUCAUUCAGUUAGUUGGCCAUAUUAUGGACAAGGUUCAAGAUGGGUGUUCCAGCUGCCAGGACUUCAUAGACAGAGAGAGGGUCAAAACUGUAUCCUAG